AUGGGGGUGAAACGGAGGCUCCAGAGUGGGGGCAUUCUGCUCAGCCUCGUGGCCAACGUCCUCAUGGUGCUCUCCACGGCCACCAACUACUGGACCCGCCAACAAGAGGGCCACAGUGGCCUGUGGCAGGAAUGCAACCAUGGCAUCUGCUCCAGCAUCCCCUGCCAGACCACGCUGGCGGUGACUGGGGCGUGCAUGGUGCUGGCGGUGGGUGUCGGCGUGGUGGGCAUGGUGAUGGGACUGCGGAUUCGGUGCCACGAGGGCGAGUCGCUGCGGGGCCAGACCACGAGCGCCUUCCUCUUCCUCGGCGGACUGCUGCUGCUGACCGCCUUGAUAGGCUACACGGUGAAGAAUGCGUGGAAGAACAACGUCUUCUUGUCUUGGUCCUAUUUUUCUGGGUGGCUGGCCUUACCCUUCUCAAUUCUCGCGGGUAACCUGGACAGCGGGAAGAGGGUGGAGGAGACUGCCCAGAAGACCCUCACCCUAGAGGCUCCCCAGCUGCCCUCCCAGGAAACCCCGGGGACCUCUCAGGGACUCCCCAACACACUAACGACGCCCGCAGACCCGGCAGAGACCCCCUUGGAGCCCCAAACCCCAGUCCCCGGGGCCCUCCCGGCCAUCCGCCCCAGGGCCCACCUUCCUCUCCCCGCCCCGCGCCCCCGUCCCCCCAGGCUUCUGCUUUCUGCUGGCAGACAUGAUCAUGCAGAGCACCGACGCCAUCAGUGGAUUCCCCGUGUGUCUGUGACUGCAGCCUGCCUGGGGCAGAAUAAAGGAACGGCUUUUUUAGCGCUGCGGCUCCGCGUGCUUUCCUGGGGGGUCGUGCGGACGCAGGCACGGGGUUGCAUAGAGGCUCAGGAAGGACAUAAGGACAUGAACCUAUAGGGAACGUGGAAACGGGGAGACACAGACAUGGAGACACAAGU